GCCGUCCCCAAAGCUCGCUGUUCGCUCCUCUGCCUGACAGCUGCCCUGCCGCCACCAGGCAGCCCCAGCUUCCCCAAACCAGUCUUCCGGCCUCGGUGGCGCCCCAGGGCCGCGGGAUUUAGGGAUUAGGAUCUGGAAGGGUUUGGUCCAAUCCCCUCUCCCUCUCAGCGUCCUGGGCUCACCUCCCCGGCAGCUUAGCGCUUCUCUUCCAAAACUGCUUGCUGUUCUCAGCGGCCAUUGCUCUGGCAGGGGGAAGGCCUUGUAGGCGGGCCAAGGGGUUGCCUGGCGAGAUGCCCCCAGACCCCGCAAUCUGAGGGCCAACCCAGGCCGCUUCCCCGCCGCCGGUCACCCGCUCCCAGCUCCUGGGGACGCCAUCUUGGAUGUGGGCACCCCUCCACCCAGCACCGCUGCCAUUGGUGGGCUUCGCAAGCCGUGGACGGGCCGACCAAUCGGGAGCCGGAAUCCUGCAGGCCGCUGAAGCCAACGGGUAACGUCAGAGUCUGGGCACACAGGUGGACGGGGAAGGCGGAGCUUGGACGAACAGAGAGGCGGGGCUCAAAGUUCCUAACCCGCAAGAGGGAAGAAGCAGGUGAAGAGGUCUCGGCGUGAAACAGCAGCAGUGGUGUGGGAUGACUGCCAAAAUGGGCACCGUGUUGGCAGGGGUCUUCACCAUCAUGGCCGUACACAUGUAUCUCAUCUUUGAACAUAAUCACCUAGGGCAUGGCAAUUGCAGUGAGAUCGCACUAAAGUACGAGAGUGCAAGUGGCAUCAUAAAUGACUUCAUCAUCUGCUGGAGUUUUAAAAUCGUCCUCUUCCUCUCUUUCAUCACCAUCGUCAUCAGCUGCUUCCUCCUGUACUCAGUGUAUGCCCAGAUCUUCAGGGGCCUGGUCAUCUACAUUGCCUGGAUUUUUUUCUAUGAAACCGUAAACGUCGUAAUACAAAUCCUCACCAAUGACGACUUCAGCGUUACAGAGGUCAGAAUCAUGCGCUGGUUUGGCUUGGUGUCUCGUAUCAUCAUGCACUGUUUCUGGAUGUUCUUUGUCAUCACCUAUGCCCACAUAACCUACAAAAACCAGAGCCAGUGCAAUAUAAUUUCCUACAAGAGACGAAUUUCUACAGCGGAGGCUCUCCACAGCAGAAAUAAAAGAUUAUCAGUUUUGGAUGGGCUCAGUGGCUCAUACCUGGAAUCCCAGCGCUUUGGAAGGCAGAGGAGAACAUGGAGAGAAAAUGUGAUUAUAAUCACAACUGGAACAUCCUGCUCAUUGAGGGUAUUUACUUAAAGGAUAUUGUGAUUUAUCAAACCUUCUGUGAACUCCACCUUUCUACUACCUGAUGGGUCAAAAUGAACGGAGUAAGAUGAAGCUGAAUUGCAGUAUGGCAAUCCUUUUUUCUUGGCAUCUUCAUUAGCCUUCAACCCACAGCUCUUUAACCCUGGGAUAAGCAAAUCUGUAUUUAUACCUCAGAUUUUUGUAGCACAAAGGAUGCUGUUGGUCCUGGGGUUUGUGCUAUGAUUUCCCCACUAUUCUUCUGUUUUUUUCCAGAUAAGAAAAAUAAUAAAAAUAGAGAAAAUUCGUCUGUCUUGAAUUUCCCCACCCUUCCCAAAUUUGUCAAGCAGUGUGAAAGGCACUUCCUUAAUCAAAAGAUAUAUGUUAAACAUAUUUCUGUAUCUGUCUCUGUGCUGUACUCUGUAGUGUGAACACUGUACUGAACAUUGUGUAUACACCAUAUACAAAAAUGUAUAAGAUAUGAAUGACUAUGAGAAUUUUGUAGUUUAGUGGAAGAAAGUAAAUUAUUGUUUAUGAAUCAAUUAGCCAAUCAUAUAAGACAGUAUAUGAUUACAUACUAUCACAAAUAAACAGAUAUCACUUUGCAU